AUGACGACGACGUCGGGGGCCCCCGGGCGGGGUCGGGUCGGACGCAUGCGCGCCCGCGUCGGACGCGGCGCGUCUUUCCGUGUCGCCCGCGCUGCCGUCGCGCGGGUCCCUGAACCGCGGGCGGCCCGGGCUCCCUCCUCGGCCAUGGCCCCCCCGCCCGCCUGCCGGUCCCUGCUGUCGCCGCCGCCGCUGCUGCUGCUGCUGUUUCUGCUGAGCCUGGCGCUGCUGGGCGCCCGCGCUGAGCCCGCCGCCGGGAGCGUCGUCCCCGCGCAGAGCCGUCCGUGCGUGGACUGCCACGCGUUCGAGUUCAUGCAGCGCGCCCUGCAGGAUCUGCGGAAGACGGCCUACAGCCUGGACGCGCGGACGGAGACCCUACUGCUGCAGGCUGAGCGCCGGGCCCUGUGUGCCUGCUGGCCUGCUGGGCGCUGAAGACCCUUGGCCAGUGCUGUUCCCUGUCAAUAAACAUCUGCCAGC